UUGCUUACCGUUCUCACUUCAGUUCGAAACGUUCAGUUGAGUGGAUGGCCCUGGCUGGUUAGCGUUGGAGUUUUUUUUCUCUCUCGGUACGAAAUCAAGCGUCCCCUACACCGAACGCGGUUGUGUGGUGGCGAACAAUACUGUGUGGCUUAUUGAUGUGUUUUCUAUAGUGAGUGGAUGUUUUUUCAGAAGAAAAGUGGAUGUGAAUUAAGUGAUGCAUAUUCUGUGCCUUUUCGUAAAGAAUCCCCCAAACACCGCACAUACACGCAUCACGUCGGUUAUGCUGUGCUAAAGAGAAUUCCUUCAUACCAGCUUGACACACUGCCGAAGGAGAAGCAACAAGUUACGGCUGUGGUGAAUUGAUAGAAGAAAUGCAGUGAAAGCAUCCAGAAUUCAAGUGAGCCAAGCUUCUUAAAGGGGUCGAAGAAUGUUUUAAAGCAAAUUUCACGACCCAAGCGUUUUCGUGGUGAUCUCAUACUGAAAGGAGAGAGUGAGAGAAAGAGCAGUGACGUGAAGUGUAUGUUUUUUAUUAAACACGAUCUUUUCCGCCUUUUCGCACCCGGUUUGUGAAGGUUUUGGCGCAGGAAGAAGGUUCAGUGUUUUAUUCUACGCGCACACACGCACAUACACAGAUUACAGGCGUGCGUACGUAGAAAAGUGCACGGGAGAGGCAUGCGAAAGUGCAAGCUUCCGUAUGCAACUAUCAAACGACAACGACACGACGACACCAACGAAACGGAACGAGAGAGAGAGAGAGCAAGAGGGAAGCAAAGCGUAUCGCGCGAGUGCAACAGAAGCGCGAGUUGAAGUGAUCGAUCCUGAAGUGAAUAAUAGAGAAAAGAAGCAGUGAAACAAAUGCAACCCUUUUAGCCGUGAAGCAGAAGCCAAUCAAACGCGAGAAAAAAAAAACCCCGCCGUACAAAGUGAGUACUGCGGUCGAGGCAUAUACGAUCUAAUUAGAUUUUUGUGAUUUCAACGGGUUCGAACCGGGUGGCGGGUGAGUUCCAAAAAAAAAAAGUGCCGAGAAACAAAAGUUGCGUCUCUGAGCAUUGUUUGGUGUGUCCAAAGGCCGAAGAAGCGGGCAAAAGAAGAAUAAGAAGAAAAGAAAAGCUCUCUGUGUGUCCCGGAUAUAAAGUGCCACUCCCGCCCGCCGUUAGCGCGAUCCAUUCUCCCUUCUUCGCCCGUGUGCGAAGGCUAGAAGAGGACAGCAAAUCUGGCUCUGUUCUGUGUUCCGGUGAAGCAGCGCCUAUCGUCGGAUUCUUCGGAUGUUGUGAAUGUAAGUCGCCAGUACACUUUGCAUGUAUCAUAGAACCAGAGCUUCCUCCGUCCAUUAUCCGAUCGCUAAGAAGACCAAGGUUGUUCUCUACAGUUGUUUUCAUGACUCUAGCAAUGGGAUGAUAAAUCUGGCGGAGGUUGGAGGACCACCACCUCACAUCAGCGGCGGGCCAGCGGCUGGCCUGCCGCAUAUGAUGCCCACGCCGGUUGUGGCCGGUGCCGGUAUCGCCAUGAUGGGGCAACACCAUCAACAGCAGCAGCAGCAAUCGUCACAACAGCAGCAACAACAGUCCCAUCCAUCACAGCGUCUCGUUGGCGGAGUCUCGCACCAGUUACCACCGUCCGGGAUGCAUCACCCACAUGGGCCACCACCGCCACCGCCCGGCGUCAGUAUGGGUGGAGCGCCACAUCAUCUAACCCCGGCCGGUGGCGCUCCACAGACCCGCUCGGGGUCGGCACGGGAACGCGCGAUGCAUGCCGUCGAGUACUACAAAAGCAAUGUAAGGCGUGCGCGGGUUGAUGCCGGGCUGGCACGGAAUUCCCUGCACGAGCGCUACUCCUUCGUCCAGCGACAGAUGGCGACGAUGGGCAACGGUGGUGGUGGGGUGGUCGGUACAAAGCUGUCACCCCACGGACCGACCGAUCAUCUCUACCGGAGCAAUUCCAGUUUGGAGCUGAUUCACGAUCACGGUGGUGCUGGUGGUUUGCCGGACCAUCUGCACACGGGAGGAGGAACGAAUUUGCGGCGCGAGUACGGCAGCCACGGUUCCAUCGAUGUGAUCUCAUCGGAUCGACAUCCGCACCAUCACCACCAUCACCAAGGUCAGGGUGGUGGGGCACCGAGUGCCGGCGAAAACUUCCUCACGAUGCUGCAGGAGUAUCAACCGUUCGGGCUGGAUGCGUCCUCGCUGCUGUACUCGCUCGGGAAGCACCACUCCGGGCAUGGGCAUGGCAAUGGAGCAGCGCCUGCUUCUUCAAACAUCACGCUCACCGGGGACGAUGUGGUCGACCGGGGAGGCAACGCCAGUCCCAAGCUGAGGAACAAGUUCCACCGACUGUGGGGCUCGAGCAAUGGGGCAAGUGCGGCCGGUUCAGCAAACGGUUCAGCGAACGGGAAGCGUCAGGUGGCAAAUGGAGGAGCAGCAGCAGCAGUAGCCCCAGGGACAGCCUCGCUGGACGACAGCCAGCUGUGUAUGGCACUGAACGUGAGUGCCAGCUCCACCACGACGACCGUUUCCUCGGCGGACAUUGAGGAGCGUCAGCGGCGACGUGCGUUCGCGCACUUUGACUGCCGCUCGCUUACCGCCAACCUGGGCUAUGCGGCCAAAUUGCGUGGCUUUCUGCUGGAGCGGCGGCGCAAUACGACCACGGGGGCAUCGGCUGCCGCCACGUACGGGACGCGCUCCUCCACCCCGGACGGGGAUAGUGUGGACGAAGACUAUGGGGAUGGGCAGCAGAACGAGCUGCUAGAAAACUGUCCCUUCUUCCGGAAUGAAAUUGGCGGUGAGGAAGAGCGCGAGGUUAGCCUAACGCGUAUGGCAUCUUCUACCACGUCGUCUUCAUCGUCGGGCGCGAGUGGAGCGGGACAGCAACGGCGAGCAAUACACCGGCCAGCGCUCGCGUACGGCGUCUCCGUGCUGGAGUGUGGCGCGAACGAUACACUGUGGAAGGGUUACACCUGCCCGUACCAAAAAGGACCCCGCCCGAUCGAGCAGAUCGACAACGGGGCGCUCUACUACCGGCAGUACUUCUUCGGCCAGGAGCACCAGAACUGGUUCGGUAUGGACGAGCACCUGGGCCCGGUUGCGAUCUCGAUCAAGCGCGAAAAGCUUAACCCGGCGCCGGUCCAAACGCUCGCGCUGCACGGUUCGGACGUGGCGCCCACGACGACGCACCAGGGCGACCAGUACCUGUACCGGCUGAUCGUGCGCACCUCGGAGCUGCUCACGCUGCGCGGCUCGGUGAUCGAGGACUCGAUCCCGAAUGCGCGCGGUGCCGGCAAGCACGCCAAUACCAAAGAGAUACUCGAGUACGUCGCGCCGGAAGUACAAAUCGGCUGCCUGCGGUUGGCGGUCGGCACGCCCCAGUGCGAGCAGCAGCUGCUGAAGCUGGACGAGCAGGGGCUGACGAACAAGUACAAGGUGGGCAUCCUGUACUGCCGGGCGGGCCAGUCCUCGGAGGAGGACAUGUACAACAACGAGGAGGCGGGCCCGGCGUUCAACGAGUUCCUCGACACGAUCGGGCGGCGCGUCCGGCUGAAGGGCUUCGAGCACUACAAGGCCGGGCUGGACAACAAGACGGACUCGACCGGGACGCACUCGCUGUACGCGACGCACCAGGACUGCGAGAUCAUGUUCCACGUGUCGACGAUGCUGCCGUUCACGCCGAACAAUCGGCAGCAGCUGCUGCGCAAGCGGCACAUCGGCAACGACAUCGUGACGAUCGUGUUCCAGGAGCCGGGCGCGCUGCCCUUCACGCCGAAGAACAUCCGCAGCCAGUUCCAGCACGUGUUCGUGAUCGUGCGGGCGGUCAACCCGUGCAGCGAGCACACGCAGUACCGGGUGGCGGUGUCGCGCUCGAAGGACGUGCCCGUGUUUGGGCCGCCGGUCCGGGCCGGGUCGCACUAUCCGCGCGGCAAGCAGUUCGGCGAGUUUCUGCUGUCGAAGGUGAUCAACGCGGAGAAUGCGGCCCACCGGUCGGUGAAGUUCGCGAUGAUGGCGAUCCGGACGCGCCAGGAGUACCUGAAGGAUCUGGCGACCAACUACAGCACGGCGCAGGUGGUCGAGACCGGGCAGCGGUUUUCCAUCUUUCCGAGCAAGAAGCGGGAGCGGCCGACGAAACCGCGCUUCUCGGGCGAUCUGUCGCAGCGCGGUGCGUUCUGCUGGCAGGUGGUGCUGCACGACAGCGGCCAGUCGACGCAGGUGGACUGCUUUCUGGGCAUAUCGGCGGAAACGUUCGUGUUGAUCGAGGAGUGCACGCGGCAGAUCAUUUUUGUGACGCCGUGCCGGGCGAUCCUGGGAUGGUCGACGAGCCAGAACGCGCUGCGGGUGUACUACCACCAGGGGGAGUGCGUGACGCUGAACAUGCGCGACACGGGCGAUCGGGACGAGCAGCUGGAGGUGAUCGAGCGGCUGCGGGCGGUGACGAAUGGGUGCGGUGCGCUGGAGCUUAGUCUGCGGCGCAAUCCGAUGGGCCAGCUCGGGUUCCACGUGCAGCCGGAUGGGGUGGUGACGCAGGUGGAAAUUUCGGGCCAAGCGUGGGCUGCCGGACUGCGCCAGGGCUACCGGUUGGUGGAGAUAUGCAAGGUGGCGGUAGCGACGCUGUCCCACGAUCAGAUGGUCGAUCUGCUGAAGACGUCCGCCCAGGUGACGGUCACGGUGAUUGAAUCGUUUGCCGACUUUACACCGCGGCGGGGCUGUACGCUGCAAAACUGUCGCUUCAAUUCGAUCAAUUACGAAAACGAGUACGACAGCAUGAUGCUGGAGGGCGGCAGUGGUGGCGGCGGCAGUAAAAACGGAUCCAGUGGUCAAAAUGGUGCAAGCAGUGGCAGCAUCGGCAGUAGUAGCAGCAGCAGCAAAAAGGGGCUCCCGGGUGGACAGCUGCAAUCGUCCGCCAGUCAUCGGCGUCGGUAUGAGCGUAACUUUUCACCGCCACGAUCGAGCAACAGCUCGGGAUACGGAACGGGCAGCAGCAGUCGCUCGUUUACCGCUGCAGUUGGUGCUUCGGGGCCGCAGCAGGUCGCAGGAGCAGCGGCGGCAGCAGCCGCAGCAUCGUCCGGAGUCGCCCAACCCAACGGACCCGAUAUGGGCACGCUUACGUCCUCCUCGAGCGGACACUCGUCGAACGACGAGCGGUGGUACGACGUGCUUGAUCCACCGCAGGAAGCAUCGUCCUUGAUGGCGGCGGGCCCUCCAUCGGUAGCGUCCGAUCCGAGCGUGAACUAUCACCAUCCGAAGCUGACGUCGUCGAGCAAUUCCCUUCCACUUGCGGGAUCCAGCCCAAGGCCACUGUCGCUGCACAACGAAGGUGGACCGAUGUCAGCAUCGCCAGCGCGCAGCAACGGCGGGCAACAGUCCGGCGCUGCCAAUGGUCAAUCGGUGGGACGGGAUAAUUCGGCCAACAUCGCACUGCUGAAGCGACUGAUCAUUGCCGACUCACCGAACGGGGAAGCUCAGCAGCAGCAACAGCACCACCAGCAGCAACAGAACCAUCCGGAACCGUUGUACAGCAGCUCGCUGAAGAAUCUUUCCAACCAUCAUCUGCUGAUGAGUGCGGCCGGCAAUCACGUGGAAGAGGACGAUCUUUCGCGACACAACUCACCGCAGCUGAGACGCUCCGCAACGACGACCAACAUCUACGGCAUCAAUGGGAAGAAGGCGAACGGCGCCGUGGCAAACUGUUCCGGCAGCAGUGCCUCGAGCAGUCGCAAUAACAGCCCCCGACCGAAUGGGCAGGGCGAACCGGCCAAGCUUCGAGGCGGGGCCGCACUGAAGGGCGGCGCUCAGCAUCAUCCCCAGCGGAAUAGUGUGAACUACACCACCGGCAGCACGCUGCAGGAGGACCUGAUGAAGCUGAUCAAUCCGGACUACAUUGCGAACGACGACAACUUCAACGCGGGCGGGCUGGAGCGCAUGCAGAAGGGCCACCACAACAGCCACAGCCUGGGGAACAUUGCUAGCCUGGCGGGCGGGUUGAAACCGAUCCCGCAGAAGAGUCGCUCGCGGGAGGGUGUCAAUUUGGGCGGCUCGAAUCAGCAGCUGUCGGCGGCCAACGGUGGCAGUGGGCUGAAGCUGGCGAACGGUGGUACGAACAGCCCGAGCAAUAGCAAUGGCGGUGAGGAGGAGGUGAUCUUUACGACGGCUCGCCCGGCGACGGUCAUUUCGUCCACCACGUCGAACAGCUCCAGCCCGGCCAGUGAGCUGCUCGGCAAGCAUCACAUGAACGAGGACCAUUUGAAGAUGUCCCCGAGCAGGAAGCAGCAACAUCACCAGCAGCAGCAACAGCAGCAACAGUUUGUCAAUGGAGGAGGCAUUCUGCGGAAUGGUGGAGGCAAGAUCCCACUGCCAGACAUGAAGGAGAUGGACUGGAGCAGUCUGGUGGACACGGCAACCAAAGCAAUGACACAGUUAUCUGAAACUGUGGCAAAAUCCCAUCCAGGAAGCAACGUAUACUACGACGACAUUAGCCAGGUUCUGAACGGAGUGCACAAUCAGCAUCAGCUGCAGCAACAUCAGCAGCAACAGUCCGGUCACAACGGCACCAUGAACGGUGGCGGCAAUGGCCCACUGGGAACGAUCGUCAACGGUGGAGGUGGUGGAGCGGGUGGAAGCAGCAGUGUGAGCGGCACCGGCAGCAGCAUCGGAAGUGGCGUGGACCUGUCCUCCUCCACACCGAGCUCGGCCUCGCCCGUAUCCACCGGCAGUAGCACUGCAGCGGCACAGCAGCAAGCCCUUAUGGCGCUGCAGAACAGCUCCAGCCUGCCGGAACUGCAGUGUCAGGUGACGCAGCUGUCCGAUCGUGUGCUGCGCGAACAGCGGCGCCGCCGGUCGCUCGAGCAUGCCGUCAAACGGUUGACGGAGGAGAACCGCCGGCUGCAGGACGAAAGCCAGGCCGCGGUGCAGCAGUUACGCCGGUUUACCGAAUGGUUUUUCCAGACGAUCGAUCGUCAAUCGUAAAGAGGGAGGUGGCUAGGUCGGUAAUUAGCAAACAGUGAGCAAUUCAGAACAGACACACACCCACAAACAUGUCAUGUCUUCCAAAGCGUGAUCGUCUUAUUAGGGGGGAAACAUUGACAUUCGUUUUUUUUUUCUUAUAUUUGACCAAAAAUUAUGUACAUAAAGCGUCUCGUGUGUGUACGCUUUUAGCGAACAAACGAGUAUAACAUUUAUAUAUAUACAAACACACAGAAACACAGUAAGAAGCACCUCUUACAACAAUACUAUUUGUAGGACGUUAGUGGUUUAGAUUUUUUGAGCACCAGUAUAAAGGACGUUAAAUAUUCUGUACACACACUCAACACAACACAGCAGGAGCAAGUGUCUUUUUGCAGAGCUGCAGACGAGACGAGGAGAACAUUGAUAUGGGUGUAAGGCCCUGUUUUAUUGGAUAAGAGAUUCACCUUUGUAUGAAGUGAGUGAGAAUUGGGAAGGAGCAAUUUUCUCCUGCAAAUCACAACAGCAAACACCAAUUACGUGAACUAGAAUGUAGUUAACUAUAUACAGCCCAAAUUUACAUAAAUAUGUAUGUAGGCGCAACAAAGGAUACCCGCGGAAAUCGUAGCCUCUACCAGGCGAGUGUGGUGAGGCGAUUUUUUGAGUAGAUUGCGGUGCGCACCGUAUGCGAGCGAUAAGGACAAAUAUUAUGCCAAAAAUGCCUCUUCUUCAUAAAGUACUGUUCUACUGUUAUACUACUUAUUCACUUUUUCCAAUUUGCAAAAGGUAUUUUGUAUGAUUUAUUUGUUGUGUAUAGAAAUCAGCAUUACUAGCAGUCGUUCUUAAUUUAUCUCUCUUUUUGCGUGUGCGAACAUUCGAUGUUAAAUCAGAGUGAGCACCACGUCCCUGCACCACUAAACGGUAUUUUGAAACGGAAGGAACAGUUAGGAAUUUCUAAACCCGCCCCAGGACCAGCAAAAUAUAUUAUCCAGUGUUUGUGGAAUUGUGUUAUUUGUAACCGUUUUCGGUGCUCUUUGCACAAAGGGGUGUUUGGGUGCGGCAAGCUCCUUCCCUUGUGCGGUAAUGUUGUUAGUUUUAAGCUGCGUUCUUUUUUACGCCAAAUCGUGCACAGGACCAACAAAAGACACGCUUACAAAAGGCAGUACUAUUGGGAGUAGAUGGAAAUUUCUACCACAAUCGAUCGGUUUACUAUUAUAAAUAUGUUGUUGCUUGAAAUUGUAGUGGUUUAAAAAAGCUAGAAAGCAAGAAGAAACAUACAUUUUGUGAAAUAAAUUACCACUUUCAAUGUUAUUUCCAUGUAGAGAGAAAUCUCCCGCACGGGUGCAACGGCAAACAGUGUAAAGAACAGGCCCUCUUUAGUAUCUCUUAAUUUAUGAGUAACACACUACUAUCUCUACAAUUUUUGUUGUAUUAUAUAACUAGACGAGUAAGAGCAAUUACAUGAAGCGAAUCCAUGAAGUGAAAUGAAAUAAAACGUUACUACAGAACUCUUAA